AGUGGAGGGGAGGGGAGAGGCUAGUCCAGCCUGAGUAAUCUAUCUAUCUAUCCAUGGAGGAAUUGCAAAAUGUUGUUAGAGAUGGUGGAUUAGCUGUGUCUAAUCUUCCGGAGAAAGGACGAUGUCUGCUCACCACCAAGAAUUUCAAUCCAGGAGAAGUGAUUUUAAGGCAAGAGCCCUAUGUCUGUGUACCAAACAACUCCUCUACUGUCUCGAGAUGUGAUGGAUGUUUUGCAUCAGAGAGCCUCAAGAAAUGCUCGGCUUGUCAAGUUGUGUGGUACUGUGGAAGCACAUGCCAGAAAUCAGAGUGGAAGUUGCAUCGACUUGAAUGCAAUGCUCUCUCUCGGCUUGAGAAGGAGAAGCGAAAGGCGGUUACGCCUUCUAUUCGUUUGAUGGUUAGACUUUACCUUCGUAGAAAAUUGCAAAAUGAGAUGUUCAUCCCUACUAGUGUUACAGACAGUUACAAUUUCGUGGAGGCAUUGGUGUCGCACUUGAAGGACCUUGAUGAGAAGCAACUGGUGCUAUAUGCACAGAUGGCCAACCUUGUCCACUUCAUUCUUCAAUGGCCUGAGAUCAACUUAAAAGAGAUUGCCGAGAACUUCUCCAAGCUGGCAUGCAAUGCCCAUACCAUUUGUGACUGUGAACUCAGACCUCUAGGCACAGGACUCUAUCCUGUUGUUUCCAUUAUCAACCACAGCUGCAUGCCCAAUGCUGUGUUGACAUUUGAGGGAAAGUCAUCUGUUGUUCGAGCUGUAGAGCAUAUACCAGAAGGAGCAGAGGUGUCGAUAGCUUACAUAGACACUGCUGGAAGCACUAUGACUCGGCAAAAGGCUCUCAAAGAACAGUACUUUUUCACUUGCACAUGUCCCCGCUGCAUCAAAGUGUACGAUGAUAUCCAAGAAAGUGCGAUUCUGGAAGGCUACAGAUGCAAAGAUGAUAGAUGCAAUGGUUUUUUGCUCCGUGAUUCUGAAGACAAAGGAUUUAUAUGCCAAACUUGUGGCCUUCGUAGGAGCAAGGAAGAGGUAAAAAGGAUUGUAUGUGAAAUAACAGCAAUUUCAGACAAGAAACUCAAGUCUACUUCCCCUGGAAAUCACGAGGAAGUUAUUUCUCUAUAUAAGAUGAUUGAGAAACUUCAAAUGGAGCUGUGCCAUCCUUUUUCAAUUAGUUUGAUGCGAACUCAAGAAGAACUUCUGAAGAUUUUGAUGGAGCUAGGAGAUUGGAGAGAAGCUCUGGCAUAUUGCAGAUUGACCAUUACUGGAUAUCAAAGAGUGUAUCCAGAGCCUCAUCCUUUGCUUGGGUUGCAGUAUUAUACCUGUGGCAAAAUCGAGUGGUUGCUUGGUUACACAGAAGAUGCUAUCAAGUCACUGACUAGGGCUGUGGAUAUACUUCGAAUUACUCAUGGGACAAACAGUCCCUUCAUGAAGGAACUCAUGAUGAAGUUGGACGAAGCACAUGCUGAGGCUUCCUACAAUCUUUCAUCGAAAGAUGAGUAGCGUGCUGCUAUCUUUGCUCGAUGAGCUUGUUCUGAGUGAUUCUGUUGAGCUCUGUCCGGCCAUCAUUUGAGAAGCGGAUUUACCUAGAUCUCACAGCACUACUUUAUACGUAAUCUCUUACAUCAACUUGCAUCUGAGAGCCAUUUCUCCAUUUUUCUGCCAACAACAGCAGCUGCAGCACUCAAUUUGAUUUAACUCUCGUCUUUGCUAGCCAGCUCUCAUCAAUGUUUGACUCACUGGAGAUUUCGAUGUAAAGAAUAUUUUUAAAAAUAAUAUUUAUCACAAUAUUAAACAGGUUAUUAUUGCUUUAAA